AUGCGUAGCCGCCGGCCGCCAUCGGGCGGCAUCCAAGGUCGUGCCGACGUCGCCGCUGCCACCGUUCUUCGCCCUUCGUCGUCAUCUUCGUCAGCGCCGGCGUCGUCGUCGUUGCUGCAGGACGAGGUCUUACCCCGCUCGCGAAAGGAGUCGGGCCCAAGCAAUGCAGCGAUAUGCGAUGCGUACGCGAUGAAGCUUCUACACGAAGCGACGGAGGUGGAGCGGUGCCGCGGACCACACUGGCGUGCGCGCUGCUCCCCCAGCAUCCUCGUUGCCCUGCUCAUCUGGGCGACGAUCGGCCUUGUCGUGUACAUGAAACUGGAUAGCUCCCAUUUGCGUCCCGGUGCCGCGCCCGCGACCACUUCUGUUGAGACCCCGCUGUCGCAACUCCCUGAAAGCUGUCGUGGCCAUCACUGUCUGCAGAAAGGCGGAAGGGAGCCCUUUGGAGCGGUCCUCGGAGCCCACGAUGGUGUUUUCGCAUAUAGCAACUGCAACAGUGACACCUGCAUCUCUUCCAUACAGUACCAGAUGGCGAUUCCGCUCCCACCAGGGGCGCGGACGGCUCUGGAUGCCCCACACGCGACGACUCGCUUCAUGAAAACAGGGAUGAAGUGGCAGUGCGUCGAAUACGCCCGGCGGUACUGGAUGCUGCGCGGCAAGCCAGCCCCCGCGUUCUUCGGCGCUGUGAAUGGCGCCGCAGAUAUUUGGGACUCUCUCACCCACGUUACCUUCCUCGACAACGCCACGACGGCUCCGCUGCUAAAGUUUAAGAAUGGCGCGAGCCUCGGUUACGGCGGCGGCGCACCCCACGUCGGAGACUUGCUCAUCUACCCUCGCGAUAGCGCGGGCAUUUUCCCCUACGGCCAUGUCUCCGUGGUGGUCGAGGUGGAGAUGACCACGAAGGUCAAGGCGGACGACUCUUACAUGGCGGCCACAGCCGCAUCGCCUAAGCCGCGUCAGCGGCAUGGACUUGUGUACGUUGCGGAGCAAAACUGGGACAGCGUGACGUGGCCGGAUCCAUACCACAACUACUCACGUUCACUGCCGCUGGUGGUGCUUGAAUCAGCGGAGGGGCGGCCGCUGCAGUACACGAUCGAGGAUUCGUUCCAUGGCAUCCAGGGCUGGGUGCGUUACGAUGGCGAGGCGUAUGGUUGA